CGCCGCCGCGCCGGCCCGUGACGUCAUGACGCCCGCAGCUCCGCCUCCGCUCUCCCGCGUGUGUUUCUCUGUAAUCCCGGCUGUAGCUGUGGUUGCUUCUGAGGAUUCUCUUCCAUCAUGGCUUUGGGAAUAAGAUGCUUCCGCCUGCUGCACCCUGCUUUUUGCAGUUACCAUGCUGCUUUGACUAGACCUGUUUCAGAAGUUUCCAUGAAGACAGUGAGUGAAAGACAGCAUGACCAUAGGCAAUACUCAGCCUACCCAGCCGUACCAGUUCGCCAUUUUGCUACCAAGAAAGCCAAAGCUAAAGGGAAAGGACAGCCCCAGGCCAGAGUGAACAUUAAUACAGCCUUGGUUGAGGAUAUAAUCAGCUUGGAAGAGGUGGAUGAAGACAUGAAAUCUGUGAUGGAAGCACUGAAGGAUAAUUUCAAUAAGACUCUCAACAUAAGGACGGCACCAGGAUCCCUUGAUCAUAUUACUGUGGUAACUGCUGAUGGGAAGCUCGCUCUAAAUCAGAUUGGCCAGAUCUCCAUGAAGUCGCCACAGAUGAUUCUGGUGAAUAUGGCCAGCUUCCCAGAGUGUACAGCUGCAGCUAUCAAGGCUAUAAGAGAAAGUGGAAUGAAUCUGAACCCAGAAGUAGAAGGAACACUAAUUCGGGUACCAAUUCCUAAAUCAGCCAAAUGGCAGAUGAUACGGUGGCGGAGCUGGAACGGCAUCUGGCAGCAAAGACCAAAGAACUCCUUGGCUGAGUCAGCAGUCACAGCCGAACACCCGAGUCCAGUGUCUGCUCAUGCCUUGGGUGACCAGCCCGUUCCUCCACUUCCCAGGCCGUCCAUCGGAGGCUGACCCUGCUGCUCCUCCAUCCGCUGCUCAGCCUCCUGCUGGGAUGGUCAGCUCUCUUCCGUGUUUCCUUGCACAGGCUUGUUCUGCUCUGAAUCUCCUGGUGUGAAGGCCCUCAGAGAAUGUCUGCUGUUGGCAGAGGAUCUUGACUGUGGUGUCACCACGGGACCAGGGCCCCUGUCAGGCUUAGCAGCUCCUCGCCUCAACACGGGAGCCUCCUUUCAACCCCUGCCCUGUGUUAAACUCUUGUGAUUAACGUGGGCCUUCAGUCUGACUGCUGAUGAUCAAGCCUAAAUAAAUUGGAAAAUAACAA